AUGACAGACGAUACGCCGCAUUCAACAAGUCGAUUUGUUGAUGUUGAGUUUCAUAAUAAGAAACUUUCGCCUAUAUGUGGUUAUUGGAAUGAAAAACUCAUUUCACUCGAAGACAGUUUGAAAUUUAUUGAACCUCGCACCGACGAGUUAGAACAUUCCAUCGAAACUGCCAAAAAAGAUUGCCAUUUUCCAUCAGAACAUGGUCUUACUCAUGAUGAAUCGGCAGCUAUUUUUUUGUACACAAUGGAAGAAGGUGAUAAUAGUUUGCACCGAGUGCUGAACCAAGUACUGCGAUCUGAAGAUCGAUCCGUUGUAAAACCCUGGUUUCCCUAUCUAAAACUAUUCGACACUGCACUUACCAAAUUACCAACUGUGAAGAAAAAUAUUUGGCGAGGAGUAAUAGGUGACAUUAGCCAAUAUUUUAAUAAAAAUGACGAGUUAACAUGGUGGAGUAUCACUUCAUGUUCACUGUCGAUGCAUACCAUCAUGCACUUUUUAGCUUCGGAAACAACAAUGACUUUGAUCUUAAUCGAAGCCGUACAUGGUAAGCAUGUUACUGGUUAUACGAAGUAUCCUAAUGAAGAUGAAGUAUUGUUGGGUCCGGGAACUCAACUACGUGUCGUUUCUGAUGCACUAGAUCAUCCUGGUGGUGUAAACGUUGUACAUUUGGUAGAAGUAAGUGAAGAUAGCGAUGAACAAUUAGCAUCAGCUAUGUCUACGAUAUCUAUAUUGCCAGAAUCCGUAAACAAAAGUAUAUUCAAAUCUCAUCAACACCAAAGAUUCGCCCUUGUUUGUGGCGGUCGUCGUUGUCCUGAUUGUAAGAGGUGUCGUGAUUGGCACUAUAGUGGUAUUUUGGACAGUGAGAUUAGUAAUGGUACAUACAAUCGAAAGAAUUGGCAACGUGUCCAAGGUGCGACAUGUCGUUAUCAUUAUGAUGUUCAUCGGUUUGGUGAUCGUAUUUUUGAACAUCGUUUUCGUAAUUUUCGUGAUCGUGAUCAUCAGCAUUUUUGCCGUUGUAAUCAGAACAAAUAA